UUAAAAAGCGAGACAGUUUUUAGAAUUUAUGUCUCUGGUCCACACUCCAGUCCAGCUGGUGGCGGUAAUGCACCACUAAAGUUGGUUGUCAACCGCCAUUUAAAAACCACUGAAGAACAAUAAUAAGAAGAACUAGGGCAUUAUCUUCCCCUCUUCCCAAUUUGCAAAAGAAGGUGGAAUAUUGACUGGACUAGGAUUCCCUUCACAAUGUCAAAAUUACAGCUAUUUAACAUGUUUCUUACCAACCGAUUAUCAGCGGCCGCUGUGGAAAUAUCUGGGGCAUUUAAAAAAUCGUUAGCAGAGUGUCAGGAAGAACUAUCCCGUUCAAAUGAGGAGAUUGAACGUCUACAAAGGAUGCUAGAUUUGGUUUUGGAACCCGAGAUAAAGUUACAGAGAACAGGUUUGUAACUAGGCAGGGAACUAAUUUACCUACCUCUCUACCUAGCCAUCUAGAUUGGCUAGAAUGUUUGCCACACGUUUGUUGUAAAUAUGUAACAUUUAGCCAGCCAAAGCCACUGCUAAACAAACAGUUAUGUUGUUAGUUGGCUGUUAAUUAUUAGCUGUUUUGAGGAAUAGAAAUCUUAGCAAAGUUAUCUGAACAAAACUAUGAUUGAAUUUGAAAACACAUUGAAUGUUUUCUUCUAUGCUUUCUACAAGAAGUGGUUCCUCCUGUGCAGAGUAAGCAAGAGGGGAGCCCCAGUUUGGGCCAAGACCCAGAUCCCACACAGAUUAAAAAUGAACAGGACCCUGAGCCAACACAGAUUAAAGAGGAGGAGGAGGAGUUCUGGGUCAGUCAGGGCGGAGACCAACUUCAAGGGCUGGAGUCUGAUAUAAAAGAGUUCAUAUUCAACCCUCCCUAUAUUAAAAGUGACUGUGAUCAGGACCCACCUCAACCCUCACACCUUUACCAAAGACAAAAUGUAAAGAACAGACUGAGUGACUCUCUACCUACCAACACAACUGAGCAGAUGGAAACAGAAGUGAAUGAAGAGAACUACAGUGUCUCUCAGCCCUUCUCUGCAGUAAAUUCAGAGUGCUCUGCUGAUGARACUAGAACAAGAGAAAAUGCUUGGGUUGAGAAGGGAGAAACAUCGUCAGGGUUAAAGCGGAGUUGUGAAGGCAAAAAAUAUUGUUGCCAUGUCUGUGGCAAAUGCUUCGCACACAAUACUAAUCUGAGAAUCCAUAUGACUGUUCACACAGGGGAAAAGCCAUAUAAGUGCAAAGACUGUGACAAAUGCUACAGUGCAAAGGCAGACCUGGUAAGGCAUAUGAGGAAUCAUCAUUAUUGGCCAGGGCAUGUUCUAGGAGGACAUUUUAAUCAGGAAACCCAUCAUAAUGUGACAAACAAAGAUGCUUUAUUAAUGUGUGAUGACAAGGAGUUGCUGGGAAGAUACAGGCUUGAUCAGGCAGGAAUUAAGUUUGUAUUGGAGUUAGUCAGAGACUCUCUCACUUCGUCAAAACAUCAAUGUCAAGCCAUUUCUCCUGAAGUUAAAUUACUAAUAACCCUGGGUUACUUGGCCACAGGCAAGAUGCUACCGUGCAGUAGUGAUGAUUUGGGACUGUCAAGCUGUUCUAUAGCUCAUGUCAGAAUGGUAAUAACACAAACUAUCAAUGCCCUCUCAGAUCCUCAACUAGUAGGCCAGUUCGUUGCCUUCCCACAAGAUGCCAGCCAGCUCCAACACAACCAAGCUAGGUUUAAGGCAAUAGCUGGCUUCCCCAGUGUUGCUGGAGUCAUUGGCACAACUUUUAGAAGCAGCUCAGUAUUAAGUACAACAUACAACAAGGAGUUCAAGAAUUUCCCUGGAGACCCAAUUAUUUUAAUCGACACCCACGUGGUGUUCGAUGCACACUGCAAGGUUCUCUAUGUUUUGCAGAAGAGUGUGGAUCAGGAGAUACUGAGUGAGGGUGGCCUCAAACAGAUUGAGGGGCUUCUUGCGCUUGCUGGAUAUCACUUGCUGGGGGACAGUGGAUACCCCUGCAGACAAUGGCUGCUCACACCUUACCUCCAUCCACUGCCUGGCCCACAGUUGAACUACAACAGGGCACUUAAGAAAAUGCGAGGUGUAAUGAGGAGGGGCAUCAGCCAAAUGAAGAGGAGAUUUCCCAUCCUGCAAGCAGACAUCCAGUUGAAGCCGGAGAGGGUGAGCAGGAUUAUUAUCAUCUGUGCCAUCCUGCAUAAUAUCUGCCGUGACAGGAAUAUCCCACUGCCUGAGGGGGAAGAUGAUGAUGAUGACGAUGAUGACGAAGCCAAUGAUGUCAAAGUGAAAGAUGGAAAGAUGAUGGCUGAAGAGAAUGGGCCAGUAGAGAGCCUGCCCCCAAGUGAUCUUCACUACAGACUCUACUUUACUGAUCUACAUUUCAAGUAGGCUGUAGAACAGACCCUGAAUGUGUGGCUAUCACAAGUACUGUACAUGAGUUAGCUACAAUCGAUAUGGAAAUAUGUGUUUAUCGAUCAGUUACAGUUAAACUGUCACAAGGGUGAGUUAUUGUUGAUUUUAAGAAUAAAUCGUUAACCCUG